GAGGGCAGGGCCGUUGUGUCACUUCCGUCCAUAUAGGAACCCAAGAUGGCUGCGCUGUUGUUGAGGCACGCUGGCCGCCCCUGCCUCCAAGCCCACCUGGGGCCUCGGCUCUGCAUCCGAAAUGCUAUUCCUUUGGGAACCACAGCCAAAGAAGAGAUGGAGAGAUUCUGGAAUAAGAAUCUUGGGUCAAACCGUCCUCUGUCUCCUCACAUCACUAUCUACAGGUGGUCCCUUCCCAUGGCGAUGUCCAUCUGCCACCGCGGCACUGGUAUAGCCUUGAGUGCAGGGGUCUCUCUCUUUGGCUUGUCGGCCCUGGUGUUACCUGGGAGCUUCGAGUCCCACCUAGAACUGGUGAAGUCACUGGGCCUGGGGCCGGCGCUGAUCCACACGGCCAAGUUUGCUAUCACCUUCCCUCUCGCCUACCACACCUGGAACGGGGUCCGGCACCUGAUGUGGGACCUUGGGAAGGGCCUGAAGAUCCCCCAGCUCUACCAGUCAGGUGUGGUGGUCCUGGUUCUCACUGUGCUGUCCUCCGUGGGUCUGGCGGCCAUGUGAGAGGCUCGAAGCCGCGUUGCGUCCUCCCACAGAUGAUUAUUGGGCCUGACUUCCUUUUGUCACCCUCCCUCCAGCCGGGGCAAUGUCUCCCAAUGUGUCCGACCCUUUUGUGCUUGCAGUUGCCCCAGAAGUUCAGCAGCAGAGUCCCUUAGAGAAGCAGGGCCCAGUGUCCCUCGUUCCUAGAGGUGGAGUAACACAGGGACUUUCUUCUCCUGCCCCCGUGUACAGCCGGCUCAGGGCCUGGGGGGCCCCUCUCCUGGGUUCGUGCUGAGGAUCAGUUCAUGGUGCCUUCUUCCUGAGACAGUGGAAACAAAGCCGGCUCUGUGGCCCUGCUGUGGGGACUGGGGUGGGGCUCUGGUUGCCAUGGCCUGUGGGCUGCUGGGUCUCCCGCACCCAUGUGGUGGGGGUUGGGGAGCUGGCUGGUCCCUGCCAGAGGGGCAAAGAGGGUGAGUUGGCUCUCAGAGGAUGUGCUUUGGGGAGAAGAUACAUAGUUUUUGAUCGAGAGAAAGAUCCAGAAGAUCAUUGUUGAACUUGUGGUUAUUUUUUUUCUUGCAGUUUCAGCAAAACAAGCCUCUUAUUGUCAUGUUUUCUAAUCCAAAUUUAUGUGAUUUUUCUGAGAUUAAUUAAAAAACUCAUUUCAUCUUUGA